AUGCAACAGACUAUUGUCAAAAAAUCAAGCUUCAUUUUUGAAAGGGUAAUGCUGCUAACUGACAGCACCAUAGUUCUGGGACAACUGCGUCAUGAGCCUUACAAGUUCAACAUGUGGACAGCCAGCCGUAUCAGUGAAAUACAAACUCUGACUGAUAUUCGUGAUUGGUACCAUGUGGACUCUGGAAACAAUGUUGCCGAUGAUGCGUCACGCGGUCUUAACCCAUCUGAAAUGGGAAAGGAUUACAGAUGGCAAAAAGGUCCAGACUUCAUGAAGAAGGACAUCAACGAAUGGCCAGUCAAACAUUCAAAUGAAGUUCAUGCGAAAAAAGAAGAUCUGGACAUAAGAAUAAAAGAUCCACGGAUGACCAUUGGAAGAUGCAAGUCACUAUGUGUCCAGAUUGAUGGUGGAACAAAUGAAGAUUAUUCAGUAAUUCUUGAUAUCCUAAAAACAUUUAACAUAACGGUCGAAAAAAAUGACAGCCUGAUGAAGAUUAAACGUCGCAUCUCUAGAAUCAUAAGAUUUAUGGAAAAUGCUUCACAAUUUUUCAGAGAUCGACUGAAGAGAACAGUGAAGACUACUCCAGUUGCCAUCAGUAGUAUGACGAAAGCAGAACGUUCGAGAUGGUUUGCUGAAAAUGAUACAUUUGUGCCUACCAAGCGUGAGUUAGUAAUAUCAAACUUUUUUCUUAUUCAACAGGCUCAGCAGUCGCUUCCGUCAGAUGUGGAACAUAAGCUAAAGUCACUGAACCCAAUACUGGACGCCGACGGUGUGUGGAGAGCACUAGGUCGUACUGGUGCUGCUCUAUCAAACCCGUCUGCGAUUAUACCAUACUCUGAACCCUUUGCAGAGAUCUUGGUGCGUAAAUGUCACCAACCGCAGCACUCUGGUGCGGAUACUACUCUUGCCCUAGUACGUGAGCAGUUCUGGAUCCUCAACGGUAAACGGUUCGUCAGCAAAGUUGUGUCGCAGUGCCCAUAUUGUCGCUUUUUACGGAAGAAGAUCGCCCAAGUAGAGAUAGCUCCUCGUAAGGUGGAACAACUCGUGCGAUCACCAGUAUUCAAGCAUGUGGUCAUUGACAUAGCUGGUCCGUUCAAUACCAUCGCAGAUCGCCGCGAGACGAGAAAUUACCAGGUAAAUUCUAGUAAAGCCUGGAUUCUGGUCAUCGUGUGUCGUGCAUCUGGUGCGGCCCACAUAGAGGUCCUUGAAGGUUAUGAUACCAACUGCUUCCUUGCAGGUUUUGAUGCUUUCACUAGAAUCCGCGGAAAACCCACGUCUGUGACUGCAGAUCUUGGUUCGCAAAUCCGUGGUGCUGCAAAUGUCAUGGAGAGCCUUUGGAACCAUACCAAGAUGGCAAAGAUUCAGACAAAUCCCGAAACAACAACCUGGCACUUCGUACCAUCUGGAGCUCAUUCGUCAGUUGGACAAGCUGAGAGGAUGAUCAGAACUGUGAAGAAUACUCUAGAAGCUGUCACUGCUUCGAGAAAACCUGAAUUUACCAAGUUGCGUUUGCAGAGACUAAUGUACAGUGUUGCUGAUAUGAUAAAUGAUAGGCCUUUAGGUGUUCAUAGAAAUAAUGUUGCCAAAUUAGACGCUGUGAGAUUACUACGUCCAAAUGACCUUAUUUUGGGUAGAUCAAACGGUGAUAUCAGUGAACUUUUAGAUUUCGAGUUGGCUAAAACACCUGAGCAAAUAGAGUACACAAAAAUACUCGCACUGAAUGAACUUUUUUUAAAUCAUUGGUGGAAAAUAUGGUAUGAUCAAAUUUUUCUUCUUCCCAGAGAAAAGUGGUCAGAUUCCAACCGGGGAGUAGAGAUAAAUGAUAUUGUAAUAAUCAGAGAUACUAAUCCCGUGCGUAACAAGUGGCAUUGGGGCGAAGUUGUUUCUGAAAACAAGUCGUCUGAUAAUAUAACACGUUCAGUAUCGGUGCGGUAUAAGUCUGAUGAAAAAUCUAAGUUUGUCACAUAA